AUGGAAAAACGAAAAUCAAAUUCAUUCUUCGAAAGUCCUCUUUUCAGUUUCCUUGUUCAACACGAAUUAUUAUCAAAAACAAGUUCUAUAACCUUGGAACACAUAUUUGCAUAUUAUCAAAAAGAAUGGCCGAACAGCGAAUAUUUGAAAAUAUACAAUGCACUUUCAAAGGAUUUGGAUGAUGCACUUGAUUCAAAUUUUUAUAAUAAUGAUAUAGUGAGCAUUUUGAAAAAUAUUAAGAAUACUUGGAACACAUGGAAUAAAAAGAGAUUUAAACAAACCCGUCAUAACCAAUUUGAUGUAAGCAUUACUAAAUACCAAAAAGGUAUUGCCACAGUUGUUGAAAUGGAAACUAACAAAUGGGUUGAAGAAGCGUUAAACAAUGAUUGUGGUGUUUUAACAUCCAAUGAGAAACACAUUAACACUAAAGACAUACCAAAAAUAAUGCAAAAAAAAUAUCAUCCAGAUAAUGAGGAAGAAGAAUAUCCAAAUAAGUGGGAUCUUAGACCACGGAAGAAAGUGAAUUAUGCUGAUGAUUCAAGUUCUGAUUCAUUAGAAAAUGACUUCAUCUCUCAAGAAAGUACACAAUAUUUCACAAAUAUUUUAACACCAAAUAUAGAUAUCAAAAUAGAUGAACAAGAAAAUGGAAAUGACAAAUAUAGAUAUGAUGUAGAAAACCUCAAAGAAUCACAUUCAUCUAAUGUUUUGUUAUCUCCUCUUACAAAUGUCUUGACCAAGACUUCUUUACAACAAACAUUAAAUGAUUUUUCGCUAUUAUCUGUUUUGAGACAAUAUUGUAUGAAAAAGAGUACCUCUCCUUAUGAUCCUGCUCAUAGUUUCAUUUUGGACUUGUCAUCAUCAUCUAAAAUACGAGGUGAAUUUAGUUAUGAGAAAUGGUUUGAAUUCUUAAAAAGAAGACCCGAAGUAGUCAAAAGAACGUACCAUCAUGAAAUCGAACCUUUUAUUCUUCACUUGUUUGAACAUGAUAUAGACUUAUCUCAAGCUCGUUCAAAGUGGGCUGAACUCCAAAAUGUAAAUGCUCCUAUAUAUAAAAAAGAAUUUUCAUAUAAGAAAAAUAAUUGGAAAAAAAUACAAUGGUGGAUCCAACGAGUAGUCGGGCAAUUUUUAGAUGCCUUUGAGUCAUUCCGAAAUCCUCUGGAAAAUGGUUGUCAUGAGCGUGAGUGGACUGGAGAUUAUAUAAUUCCAUUAAUACAAGGUGUAUUGAAAUUGGACGGCAAUUGUUUUGUACCAUGGGGAGAGAUUUCGGUUUUAGCCACACAAAAUCGUCGUAAUAACAACAAAGAUAUUAAUACCGAAAAAGUAAUUCGAGGUCGUCAGGCUGACUUUUUGUGCAAAUAUGAACAAUAUGAAAUCGUUUGCGGAUUAGUAUGUGGUGGACCACAUUUUCAUGAUUUAACAAAACAUGCCUCCGAUCAAUUUUAUUUGAAACAGAUGAUGAAAGAUAUGCUUGAUAAUUUAAGAUUAAAGUUUUUUUAUUCUGACAAAGAUGAAUUGUAUACACUUGGAAUACAUGUAUAUAUGACAGAAGUUCGUGUUUAUUUGAUUGAAAAACAAGAAGUAUAUUUUUUUCAUCAUUUAAAAUCUUUCAAUCUUCCACUUUCAUUUUCGGCUUAUCAUAGCCUGAAAGGUGCAUUAAGAACAGCCUGGAACAUUCGAGGAUUAGUUAAUUCUUUAAUUCGAAAAUUUAACAUUAUUGUUGACAACAAUGAUGGAUUUAAAACUCCACCAAUGCAUAUGUCUGAUGAUAUGAAGACCCAAUAA